UCUCACAAAGAGGUUUAUCUUUAUCCCCAUGGCUACCUUCCCCAACAGCUUAGACAUUUUCAGGCUCGACUCAAAGGCAUCACAGUGCAAAACUAAACUCACGCCAUUUCAAACCGGACCUGGAACCUCUGUAAUCUACUGCAGAAAGUCCAAGAAUGAGGACGCAUUCGUGGAGAAGAAGCAAGCUGCAGUGGACUACGACACAGGGACCCACAAUGUUUCCGUACGAAUCGACGGUCUCAGGAAAUCCGACUUGCCGAAACGGAACCUUUUGCGAGUCGACGGGGACCGGUUCCAGAAGGACUGGCCACUCUCUGAGGUGGUAGCCAAUAUCAUGAAGCUCAAUCACUGGGAAGAUAUUGAUGGCCUCUUAAACCGCUGGGCCGGUCGCUUUGCCCGAAAGAAUUUUCCAGUUCUUAUAAAGGAAAUAACACAGCUCGGUUCAGUAGAGCACAGUGUUCAUGUUUUCAAUUGGAUGAAGAACCAAAAGAACUAUUGUGCACGCAGUGAUAUUUACAACAUGAUGAUCAGGUUGCAUGCAAGGCAUAAUCAGGUUGACCAAGCUCGUGGCUUGUUUUUUGAAAUGCAAAAAUGGAGGUGUCAACCUGAUGCUGAAACCUAUAAUGCUCUCAUCAAUGCACAUGGUCGAGCUGGCCAGUGGCGUUGGGCGAAAAAUAUCAUGGAAGACAUGCUCCGUGCAGCUAUUCCCCCAAGUAGGUCAACCUACAACAACUUGAUCAAUGCAUGUGGGUCUAGUGGAAAUUGGAGAGAGGCUUUGAAAGUUUGCAAGAAAAUGACAGAAAAUGGGUGUGGACCUGAUCUGGUAACUCAUAAUAUUGUGCUUUCUGCCUAUAAAACUGGGGCACAGUAUUCAAAAGCACUAUCCUAUUUUGAGCUGAUGAAAGGAACCAAUAUCCGUCCUGACACUACAACCCUUAAUAUUGUGAUGCAUUGCCUAGUGAAGCUUGGACAAUAUGAUAAAGCUGUUGAAAUUUUUAAUUCAAUGCGAGAGAAAAAGGCUGAAUGCCGUCCUGAUAUUGUCACAUUCACUACUAUCAUGCACAUGUAUUCUGUUUGUGGACAGAUUGAAAACUCUAAAGCUGUUUUCAAUUCAAUUUUAGCAGAAGGUGUGAGACCAAACAUUGUCGCAUAUAACACACUACUAGGUGCUUAUGCUAAACAUGGUAUGAGUCAAAAGGCUUUGCUAGUUUUUGAUGAGAUGAAAUGUAGUGGAGUACGCCCUAAUGUUGUAUCUUAUACAUCUUUACUCAAUGCCUAUGGACGAUCACAGCAACCUGAGAAGGCAAUGGAAAUAUUUGAAACAAUGAAGAGAAAAAACUUGAAACCAAAUUUAGUGACUUACAAUGCACUAAUUGAUGCUUAUGGUUCUAAUGGCGAUCUAGCUAAAGCAGUACAAGUGAUGCGUGAAAUGGAACAGAAUGGUGUGCAAGCAAAUGUUGUCACAAUAAGUACUUUAUUGGCUGCCUGUGGACGCUGUGGCCAAAAGGUAAAAAUUGAUUCCAUUCUUUCAGCUGCUGAAAUGCGUGGAAUACAGUUGAAUGCCGUUGCCUAUAACUCAGCUGUUGGAAGUUAUAUGAAUAUUGGAGAAUAUGAAAAAGCUUUGGAUCUAUACCAUUCAAUGAGGAAAAAGAAAGUUAUGCCAGAUUCUGUUACAUAUAAUGUGUUAAUAAGUGGAUGCUGCAAAAUGUCAAAAUAUUCUGAGGCACUAAAAUUUCUUGAUGAAAUGAUGGAAAUGAAAAUUCCUUUGUCAAGGGAAGUGUAUUCAUCUGCAAUCUGUGCAUACAGUAAACAGGAUCAACUUGCAAGGGCGGAGUCUAUGUUCUCCAUGAUGAAAACGGCUGGCUUUCAGCCUGAUGUUAUUGCAUAUACCACAAUGUUACAUGCUUACAGUGUCGCUGGCAAUUUGGAGAAGGUUUUUGAAGUAUUUAAAGAAAUGGAAUCAAAUAAUGUGAUCCCAGACUCUAUUGCUUGUUCAUCUCUUAUGAGAGCCUUCAACAAAGGAUGUCAACCAGCCAAAGUUUUUAUUGUGGCAGAGUUUAUGAGAGAGAGGAAAAUCCCUUUCAUUGAUGCUGUUUUCUUUGAAAUGGUUUCUGCAUGCAGCAUAUUACGAGAUUGGAAGAUGACAACUGAAAUUAUUAGUAUGAUGGAAGCUUCACUCCCUGGUAUCUCAGUUGGAAUUCUGAAUCAGCUUCUCCAGUGCAUUGGAAAAUCCGGCAAGAUUGAGACCAUGAUAAAGUUUUACUACAAGAUAGUCACAUCAGGUGCAGAAAUCAACUUAACAACGUACUCAAUUUUGCUGAAGAAUCUUUUGAGUGCUGGAAAUUGGAGGAAAUACAUUGAGGUGAUGCAAUGGAUGUUGGAUGGAGGAAUCCAACCUUCAAAAGAAAUGUAUCAAAACAUACUCUUCUUUGCUCAAAGAAGUGUUGGAACUGAGUAUGCUACUAUAAUAAAAGCACGAGUAGAAGCCAUGAGAACAAAAUAUGAAGAUCAGACAACCAGCCUGCCUGGAUCUCUCCACACCGAUGCAUUGAGAGAGUUGAAAAUACUGGCAUAGCAAUUCUCAAAUAGUUUCUCCUGGAGAUAGAUGACCUAUCAUUGGAGUCCAAAAGGCCAAAAGAUAUUAUUUCAAUACUUAGCCUGUGCAGAAUAGUGAGUUGCUAAUUUAACGGGAAGUAUGGCAGCAGGGCUGAAUAUGUGUUAACAUGGGACGACAGACAGUCGUGUCCAAAACCCAAGCAUAGCUCCACAUAGCGGGGCAUACCACCAUUUCUCCAUAGAGCAUGUUUAGCAGGCUGGCCUGGUUGCAUUCAUGCUUAUACUAAGUGCUGCCCAACAUGCAGAGUAAAAUGCAGCUUCCCUGGCAAUAUUUUUCCAGUGUUGCUGACAGCCUUGUUGCACUUGUUUAGUUGUGUAUGUAAAGAUGUGAACAAAUCCAUUUAUGAAUCUGAACUACAUUUUUUGAAUGGAAAAUGUUUAUAAGCUAGAA